GCUUCUAACCCUGCAGAGUGAAAACUAAACCGAGAGCAGAUCAGACUGUUUUCGGAGGAUCUUCUUCAUAAUCAUCAUCAUCAUCAGCAUCAUCUUUAGCAGCAGUAGGCACUGGGAUCAUUAAUGAGGACCAGGACCAUUAAUCUGCUCCUGGACCGGGUCUGAGUAUGAGUCAGAUGCUGCUGAUGGACAGACUGAGAGCGCAGCCAGGAGGAUCAGAUCCAUGAGGAGGACAUGGAGACUCGGAGCCGAGGAGUCCGACACAUGUGCACUCUGAGCCUGCUGCUGGUGUCCGUGUGUCCGCUCUGCUGCAGCUCCAGCUGGAUGUGGUUGGGUGUGACCUCGGCAGGGGGCACGGAGAAGCUGGGCUGUGCUAAUCUCCCUCUGAGCCCCAGACAGCGGGACCUGUGCCGGAAGAAGCCGUUCCUGCUGCCCAGCAUCCAGGACGGAGCCCGGCUGGCCGUGUCCGAGUGCCAGAGUCAGUUCAGACACGAGAGGUGGAACUGCUCCACCAGCGAGCAGCCGCCUGUGUUCGGACACGAGCUGACCAGCGGGACCAAAGAGACAGCGUUUAUCUACGCCGUGAUGGCAGCAGGGCUGGUCCAUGCCGUCACGCGUUCCUGCAGUCAGGGGAACACGACAGAGUGCGGCUGUGAUGCCCGACUGCAGGGCGGCGGCUCGACGGUGGACGGCUGGCACUGGGGCGGCUGCUCGGAUCACAUCCAGUACGGGACUUGGUUCAGCCGCAAGUUCAUGGAUAACGCCAAAAACACGUCGACGACCCGAGGAGGGUACACGCAGAGCACCAUGAACCAACAUAACAGCGAGGUGGGACGACAGGCCAUUGAGCAGACAAUGUCCACAGACUGUCGCUGUCAUGGUGUCUCUGGAUCCUGUGCAGUGAAGACGUGUUGGAGGAUGAUGGCGCCAUUUGACCACGUGGGCGAAUACCUGAAGGAUCGCUAUGAGAACAGCGUUCAAGUGUCAGACCGCUCCAAGAGGAAGACGAGGAGGAAGGAUCAGCGUCGCCCCCCUGUGGACAAACAGCAGCUCAUCUUCUUCAACAAGUCUCCAAACUACUGCCUGGCGGACCGGCGCCGCGGGGUGGCCGGCACCAGGGGGCGCCGAUGCAACCGCACAUCCACGGGCUCGGACAGCUGCAACCUGCUGUGCUGCGGGCGCGGGUACAACACACACGUGGUGAGACACGUACAACGCUGCGAGUGCAAGUUCGUCUGGUGCUGCUACGUGCGCUGCAGGCGCUGCGAGAGCAUGAACGAUAUGCACACCUGUAAAUAGCACACCUGGAAGUGAAACAAAGACACACCUAGAGAUGAACUCACCUGGAGAUCAAGAUCAGUUAUAUAUGGUCUCACAGGUACGUCAGAGGAGGAGGUGAG